AUGAGAUUGUCGCAGCAUCCGUUGCACGGCAAUCUACUGCCGCCCGGCGUGUGCUUUACCUGCGACGUUUGCGGUAAAACCCUUUCCACGAAGCUCACCCUCAAACGGCACAAAGAGCAGCAACACUUUCAGCCCCUGAACAGCGCGGUCUGCGCGCUCUGCCACAAGGUGUUCAGGACGCUAAACAGUCUGAACAAUCACAAGAGCAUCUACCAUCUGCUCACCUCUAUGACGGGGCUGACCUUGAACUCUUUGAACACCCAGUCAGCGAAGAAGCUGUUCACCUGCCAGCUGUGCGGCAAGGUGCUAUGCAGCAAAGCAUCCCUGAAACGCCACGUUGCCGACAAGCACGCCGAGCGACAGGAGGAGUACAGAUGCGUCAUCUGCGAGCGGGUAUACUGCUCGCGUAACUCCUUGAUGACCCACAUAUAUACCUAUCAUAAGAGCAGGCCCGGCGACAUUGACAUUAAGUUCUUUUGA